GCAGCAUCCUCGGAGAGCGGAUCUGGCGGGUCCCGGCGGGUCUGAGGGCGAACGUCGGACACUGGUGCUCUCAGACAUCCUCUAUUCCCUCACGCCGUAAGAACGCGCACCCUCUCAAGGCUCACCUGUCACACUGGACACAAAAAUCUUCAGCACCUGCCAUGAGAAAUUUCAGACUGAAUGGUUCAAGUGAGAUGAGGUCAUAAAUACCAGAAUGCGAGCCUGACUAACAGCUUGAACAUAAUUAAACCGAAUCAACUCUACAACAUGGCAGUUCUAAAACUCCCUGCUCCUCACCAAUUGCUGAGCAACUCAGCUGCAGAACCAGGCUCAAUCCUGUGAAGGUGGUUAUUCCUGUACCCAUAAAAUUCAUAUGGACAUCGAUGAGGGCUCUGGAGACAGUGCUUCUGAACUACAGGAAUGGAGACCAGUCAUUUACAGAAAGUGCACAGACACUCUCUGGCUGCUCCUCUUCUGUCUUUUCUGGGCUGGUUUGAUGUUUAUAACUGGCUAUGCUGUGAUGGCUGGUGCUGCAGAAAGACUUGUGCUUGGAUAUGACAGCUUUGGGAACAUAUGUGGGAAGAAGAAUGCUCCUGUAAAAGGGGCACCUCUUUCUGGACAGGACAUGACCAAUAAAAAGUAUGUGUUCUUUCUGAAUUCGUGCAACCUGGAAAAGCAAAGCCUCAAAAUCAGUUCACUUUCCUUGUGCGUGUCUAGUUGUCCACAAGAGCAACUCAACUCUUUGGAAGAUCUUCAGAGUUUUGCAAGGAAUAAUGGUUCUUUUCUUUGCAUUUACAACCUGAAUAUUUCCAGUUACACACAAAAUUCAAAGGCAACUCAGCUGUGUCCUGCACUGCCAGUUCCACCAAGUAAAUCCUUUCCAUUAUUUAAUCGAUGCAUUCCACAAAAUCCUGAAUGCUAUUCCAAAUAUGCAUCUGUCUUAAUAAGCAUGGUUAAUGAAAUGGAUGUUUUUCACCGAAUCCUGAGUGGAAUAUUGGCAGGAAGAGAUACUGUGAUAGGACUGAGUGUCCUUGCACUAGCCUUCUCUCUUAUACUGGUUCUAGCCUUCAGAUUCAUUCGGACACUUCUGGUCCAUAUUUUGAUUGCACUGGUUGUAUUCGGGUUGUUGUUUGUCUCAGGUGUUCUCUGGUGGCUCUAUUAUGACUACAGGAACGAUCCCAGCACUGAAUUGGAAACAGAAAAGGAAAAUGUAAAGUUUCUACUUGGAUAUGCUAUCUUCUCCACAAUAGUAACCGUUGUUCUGCUCUGCCUUAUAUUUGUACUAAGAAAGAGGCUUCGGUUCACUGUGCAGCUCUUUCGAAUUGUUGGUAAAGUCAUUGGCAGAAUUCCUUUCCUCGUGUUCCAGCCACUCUGGACCUUUCUGAUUCUUGUUGUGUUCUGGGUAUUUUGGGUUGCUGUACUACUUAGCUUAGGAACUGCAGGUACUGCACAGUCUACUUCAGGAGGACAAGUAGAAUACAGAGCUCUGUCUGGAAUUUGCUACAUGGCAUGGUAUCAUUUCGUUGGCCUUAUCUGGACUAGUGAAUUCAUUCUUGCCUGUCAGCAAAUGGUGAUUGCUGGGGCAGUGGUUACUUGUUAUUUCAACAGAAAUAAAAAUAGCCCACCACCUCACCCAGUCCUGUCUUCCAUAUCAGUUCUCUUUUGCUACCAUCUAGGAACUGCUGUCAAGGGCUCAUUUCUAAUCACAAUACUGAGAAUACCAAGGAUUGUUCUUUUGUACCUUUAUAAUGUCCUAAAACAAAAGAAGAAUGCAAAGUGCCUGUUCAAGUGCUGUUUCUGCUGGUUUUGCUGCCAGGAAAGUUGCUUAAGAUACUUUAACCAGCAUGCAUACACAACUACAGCCAUAAAUGGGACAAAUUUUUGUACAUCAGCAAAGGAUGCUGACUGUAUUUUGGCAAGGAAUUCUGCACAACUUGCAUCCAUUAGCUGUUUUGGAGAUUUUCUCCUAUUUCUAGGAAAGGUGUUUGUUGUAUGUUUUACUGUUUUUGGAGGAUUGAUGGCAUUUAACUACCACCGGGAGUUGCAAGCUUGGGUAGUUCCUCUGUUGCUGGUUGGAUUUUUUGCCUACCUGAUGUCCCACAGCUUUCUGUCUGUGUUUGAAGUGACAGCAGAUGCCAUGUUUCUUUGCUUUGCUAUUGAUAUGGAAACAAAUGAUGGAACUGCAGAGAAGCCAUACUUCGUGGAUCAGGAGCUGCUGACCUUUGUGAGUCAGAGUGACAAGUUAACAGAAGGGCAAAAACACAGAAGCACAAGACCUUUCCACGAUAAUGAAGACGGAACAGAGCUUCAACCUAUGACUUGAACAUGAAGCUCAUCAGAAAUAUGAAAGCAGAGCAGCAAUAGCAGAAACAAUCUUAGAAGAAAAGUAAAGGUUACCAAACACCGCAGGACAAAGUAUUAGUUCUCUAAAUCUCUGUUGUACUUUCUGCACUGGUAAAAUGACACAGUCUGUUUGUAUAAAGUAUUUUGUGUGUCAUCACAUCUGAUUUUUAUUACUACACUUGUUAUGAUGGUCUGAAAGUUGUUAAUAAACAAACUCCUUGUAAAUUUC